CUCACAACACGAGCGUGAAAUUUGUACCUCAGAUGGUCUGAUGGUUAUCUCAAGCAUCCACUGACCUACAUAACAUAACAACAUCAUAUGGGUGUUAAAGACAAUGCAUCGGAGUGAACUAUGCUUUUAGGUGUUGAAAAUUAUUGAUCUGAAGUCGGUUGAUUUAUUUUGGUAAUGUAAGCGGUGCAGAUGGUGAUGGACACGCGCUCUGCAGCAGUGGUGUCAUCGCACUGCUGUCCUCUGUGUGAUCGAUAGUGUAGCGCACAAUAUCAGCCAGGAUAACGGACUUUAACCAAACACCCUGGAUGGAGGAGUUGCGGGCUCAUUCACGGUUUUAGUCGCGGAAGCAACGCCUCGCCCGAGGCAAAUUGUGGGUUUUACCGAAACAGAAGCGCCAGCGGCGACGUCGGGAGAUUUAGGAGCGACUUUUUUUGUGAGGAGAGCGAAAACCGGACUGAAGAAAUAAGCAAUUUCAUUUCUGAACUACUCGAUCCAAGUCAGCUUCAACGACAGAUUAAUUCAUCGCUCCGACACUGCAAAUAACAAAAAACAUGUCAUUUGACAAAACAUGCGCCCGCUCUUUGUUAUUUGUUUGUACGGGGACACGAGGGUCGACAGGCCGCUGACUGUUACAAGAGGCAGCAGGUCAGUAGAACGUCGAAGGGCAUUUUUGAACACAGAAUUACCACAAAUCAACUACGAGGAAUCAUGCUGUCCAUCAUAGCAGCAGGGUCUGUGUUUUUCCCAGGACUUUUUCUGUUAUCCAAGCAGUGUCUCAGAUUCAUUCCUGGAAUGAGAUGGAAUGAGGGGGAUGCAGUCAUGGUUUCAGCCAGGUUGGUGUCAUCCAUCCAAGCUAUUAUGGCUUCUACAGCGGGUUACAUCAUCUCAACAUCCUGUGAGGACAUCAUUGAGGACCAACAUUGGCUGACCAGCUCCUACAUCUUGUUUGCUGUGCCAUACUUUGUGUACGAUAUCUACGCCAUGUUCCUGUGUUACUGGCACAAGCUCCAGGUCAAAGGGCAUGAGGUGGACAAUGGGUCCAAAUCCAAGGCUCUGGCAGUGUCGGGCUAUCUACGCAGAGAGUUCCUCAUGGUCUUGCAUCAUGUUGUCAUGGUCACUGUGUGCUUCCCCGUCUCUGUGUUCUGGAGGCAAGGGAAAGGCGAUUAUUUCCAGGGUGUUAUGUUCCUGGCUGAACUCAGCACACCGUCUGUCUGUCUAGGCAAAAUCCUCAUCCAGUACAAGCAACAGCACAGGCUUCUUCACAAAGUAAAUGGAGCUGUUAUGCUGAUAACUUUCUUCCUCUGUCGAGUCCUUCUCUUCCCCUAUCUCUACUUCGUUUACGGAAGGUACGCCUCUAUUCCUUUCUACCGGGUUCCUUUUGCAGUACCGUGGCAGUGUAAUCUCGGAGCAGCUCUUCUUAUGGCUCCGCAGCUAUACUGGUUUUCCCUGAUCUGCAGAGGGGCGUUCCGGCUGUUUACUGGCAGGUCUUCACGCUCCUGCAAGCCGAUAGCUCCGGUCAAGCCUGAUUCAGAAGGACAUGCACCAUUGUCUCAGGCAGCUAACGGAUACAACACACCAAUGGUGGGUCGGGACACGCCCCCAAUUUCGCACUGAGGGGAGGAGCUUAUACCGUAUGAACAAGACUAAGCUAAAAACUUAAUAAAAGUGGAAACAAAUGAAUGCAAUGAUUAAUCGGGAAAAGAAAGGAUGUGUGGGAUGAAAAUAAACAGAGAUAGACUAGAUGCACUAGUGCCGUAACACAUUACAGCACAGCAUUACAUUUAGUUACAGGGCAUGUGUAAUGUAUAUAAGACAUGCUUUAGUAGAGGAAUGCUGACAAUAAAUCUGUGGAAGUGUCUACACAAUAACCAGACGUGUGUCAAACCCACACAUUUGGGUAACCAAGGCAAUAAGUGCAAAUUUUAUGCGAGAACAUUUACGAACCUGGAGAAGCACUUUUUGUUCAAGGCACUUUGAUGUGGUUAUGAAAUGUCAGGAGCGGGGCCGACGUCUAGUGCCUGAGGUCUGUACUCUGCGUAUAUAGAAGUAUUACUGCAGAUACAUAAUUCAAUGAUAAUUCCUCAAUUAUUUACAUAUAGCACUGGUCUGCAAAUGAGCAACCCAAAACAUCAGGCAAUAUAAAAAUGUACAGUCUCUAGUGAAUUGAGAACAUUAUUGAGGAAAGUUUAUGCAGUUUAAAAGAAAUAGUUUACUGAGAAAAGAAGAUAUUGUAAUCGGAUACUCUCCUUUCAAAUCUCAUACUGUUUUUCUUUAUUUAGUGAAACAUGAACACGAGAUGUGAUGUAGAGUGUCCCAGCUAUUGUCUUUUCUGUAUACUGCCAUGCUCCAAAAAGAUGCAAAAAAAUUAAAGUGUCGCAUCAGUGCUCCACAUGACUUUUGCACUGUAUUCCAAGUCAUAUUGAGCCAUAUGAUAGCUUUGUCUUAUGUUAAAUUUAAACCAUUAUUUCCUCUUUAGCAUAUAUUAUUAAAAACUACAAUCACAAUUUCAAUUUUGGAGUAAUGGCAGAGAGGGACAUGCAAGUUUAACUGAUGACAAAAUGUUAAUUUUUUUGUGAACUAUUCUUUUAACAAGCUAAUUCAUGAAAAAAAUAUCUAAAAUGUUAUUAAAUCCUGUCAGAUAUAUAAACAGGGUUUUGGAAUGUAUUCUUUUGUAUAUUAAUUAUACAUGGUCUGCUCAAUCUCAGAAAACAGAGUAUGCAAAGUAGCUACACUGAAUGUUAGACCUGUAAUCCACAAUAAUCCGCAACAAAAUGGCUUUAAAGAUGCAUUGUGUAAAUUUUAGGAGGAUCUUGACAGAAAUGCAAUAUUAUAUACAUAACAACAUUAUCAGUGGUGUAUAAAGACCUUACAUAAUGAACUGUAUUGUUUUUAUUACUUUAGAAUGAGCUGUUUUUUUCUACACAUACCACAGAUCUCCUAACAUGGAAGUUGCUAUUUAAGCCCUGAACGUGCAAACUGUUUAAAAGAGCACAUUUUCUACUUCGUUGUCUCGGCGGCAUGUUUGUCCUGUGAGGGGUACCGUAGCUUCUCUAUGCAUUUCAAAAGGGAAGGGUGAGCUGUGGACUUAGCCGUUGGUCACAAUCUCACCGCUAGAUGUUGCUAAAAAUUUACACAGUGGACCUUUAAGGAACAUCUCUAAAUGGCUUUUACCACAAACAUUGUUUUAAGAUUUGCAGUUUACUCGACAGUAUUCCUAGUAUAACCUCUUAAAAAUCUGAGCCCUACCCUGCAUAUGUUUUAAAUGGGCAUUUUAAAGGGAUUAAAUUAUAUUAAGCUGCCUUAUCCCUCUGAUAAUCUUAUAAUGUAUCUUUUACUUUUGUCCCAGAGAUGGAUAUCCUCUACAUAAACAAACCUAAUACAAGAUAUAACUGUACAUGAACAAUGUGAAAUUUAUUUGCACUUUAUUCAUUGUCAUUUUCUGCACUGUCAAGUGCCACUGGUAUGUGUUUCUUAUGAUUAUUUAUUGUGGUAACAUUAACUGUUUUUAUUAUUGUUGGCCAUCUAGCCUGCCAGCUUUCAUUUAUUUUUUGUUAAUUAGUCAUUGAUUCUAAUCUCUGUUUAGUCAUAAAACAGGAUUCCCUACACCAGAUUUUGUUUCUAAAACAGACUUUAAACACUUGCAAGUUUCACUGUGCCAGUUAGCCUACAAAACUUAAAUAACUUUGCAAAGAAUCUGCCACAAGGCCUGUUUUUGGAAGUUCAUACUUAAAGGGGCAGUUUCCUAGACAGAGAUUAGACUUUAUUAGGACAUUUAAGUAGUUUUUAUAAAUCUGAAUUGCAAAAAAACAUUACUGGUGUGCAUCUUGAGACAAAACAAUGCACUGAUAUAUUUUAACACAUGUCAGUGUAAGCUUUUUUCAGUUAAGGCAGCUCAAACAAGCGUUUUUUAGUCCUGGAAUAGACUGCCCUGUCUGGGAAACCGUCCCUAAAUGACUGUAUGCUGAUUUGAAACUGAAAAACAUACAGGUGCAGAAAGUCCAUUGCACUGAAUCUGAGACAUGACUUUGCAUGUUUAUAUUUAAUCUUUGUCCCUUGUGAAACCUAUAAUGUACCGGACCACAUGCUCAGAUAUUGAGCACUAUUCCAAACUAUUUAAUCUUAGUGAACGGCAACAACCGCUUCUGAUGGCUUUCUUUGAAAUAUUUGUUUUAGUUGGUUUAGGUUUUGUUGUCUUGUUUUUACAUAUGUGAACCUGUUUAACCUGUUAACAUUAAGUACAAAAUGAACGCACUGUUGUAAUUCAGUCUCAUUGCAAAAUAUAUACUCUUGUCUCAUGUUUUGCAUGUUAUAUUGUUUAUUCUCCUGGUCCAUUUGUGAAUGUGCUGUACUGGGUUUAAAACACACACACUGACAUUAAUUUCAGUUUCUAAGUAAAAUGGAUUUAAAACAAGCUUAUAUCAGAGACAAGACAGAUCAAGAUUUUCACAUAAAAUGGUUUCUUGAAAGUUUUAAAUUUGGGAGGAGAUCAUUCUUCCAGACACUAAAAUUCAGUCAAAUAGGACACCUGAAAUCUGGGUAACACUAAAAUAAGGUUCAGUGUGUUUAAAAUUAGUUAAUUUUAAAUGCUUAUUGCAUUUAAUAAUAUAUUUAUGAUAUCAAGGGGUGGUUUCCCGGUCAGGGUUUAUCCUAGUCCCAGACUAAAAUGCAUGUUUAAGGUGUUUUUAUUUAAAAACAAUUUGCAAUGACAUAUAUUAUAUUAGUGUUUUUGUUUUGUCUAAAGAUGCACAACAGUACUGUUUUUCUGUAAGGUAUGUUUGUAAAAACUACUUAAAUGUCCUAAUAUAACUAAGGUUUAGUCCAAUAUUCAUCUUAACCCUUUCUGGGAAACUGCCCCCAAAUGUUUUAUCUAUUGCACCAUUGCAUGAACAAUUAAUGAACCACUGUAUUUGUAUUAACUAACAUUAAAAGGACAUUUCACUUUUUUUGAAAAUAUUCUCAUUUUCCAGCUCCCCUAGAGUUAAACAUUU